GAGGGCAGCAGCGCACGGAAGAGUAGAGACUGUAUACACAAGCGCGAGUGAAAGUGAUAGCUCCCGUGGGUACAGUGCGUGUUGUUGCCGCGGGGACUUGAGGCCCACAUCGGGGAAGAAGAAGGAGGAGGCGCUGACAGAGAGAGAGAGAGAGAGAGAGAGAGAGAGAGAGAGAGAGGAGUGGUGGUGCGCAUAUAGAGGGGUCGAGAGGGCGCGGCUUGUUUCAGACGCUUUCGGUCCGGCCAACGACGACGAUCAUGUCGCCGAAGUUUCUCUACCUGGGUACUGUCUGUCUGUUGCUUCUUGCCGUGACGGCAAGGGCACAGGACGACGAUGGAGGCGAUGGAAUCGACGCUAACGCUGAGGAGCUGUGCCAGGACAGGCCGGGAGACGAGUACUUCCGACUCAGCACCGAAGGAGACUGCCGUGACGUCGUGAGGUGUGACAAAGCAACGGAGAUCGGCGUAACGAGGCUUGCAACCGUCAAGUGUCCGACCGGUCUAGCCUUCGACAUCGAGCGCCAGACCUGCGACUGGAAGACCAACGUCAAGAACUGCGAGCAGCUCGAGAAGCCCCGUAAGGUCCUGCCGAUCCUCAAGACCGACGAGCCCGUCUGUCCCGAGGGCAAGCUGUCCUGCGGCAACGGCGAGUGUAUCGAGAAGGAGCUCUUCUGUAACGGCAAGCCCGACUGCAAGGACGAGUCCGACGAGAAUGCCUGCACCGUGGAGACCGACCCCAACCGUGCCCCUGACUGCGACCCGACCCAGUGCGUCCUGCCCGACUGUCACUGCUCUGCCGACGGAACUCGUAUCCCCGGUGGACUGGAGCCCCAGCAGGUACCCCAGAUGGUCACCAUCACCUUCAACGGUGCCGUCAACAUCGACAACAUCGAUCUGUACGACGAGAUCUUCAACGGCCACCGCAUGAACCCGAACGGCUGCCAGAUCCGUGGUACCUUCUUCGUGUCGCACAAGUACACCAACUACUCGGCCGUUCAGGAUCUCCACCGUAGGGGUCACGAAAUCGCCGUGUUCUCCCUUACCCACAAGGACGACCCGCAGUACUGGACCCUUGGAUCCUACGAGGACUGGCUCGCCGAGAUGGCCGGUGCUCGUCUCAUCAUCGAGCGUUUCGCCAACAUUACCGACAGUUCCAUCAUAGGGGUCCGGGCCCCUUACCUCCGCGUCGGCGGUAACAAGCAAUUCGAGAUGAUGGCUGACCAGUACUUCAACUACGACGCCUCCAUCACUGCCUCCCUUGGCCGUGUGCCAAUCUGGCCGUACACCCUCUACUUCCGUAUGCCCCACAAGUGCAACGGUAACAGCGGAAACUGCCCGUCCAGAUCUCACCCGGUAUGGGAGAUUGUCAUGAACGAGCUGGACAGACGUGACGACCCCACCUUCGACGAGUCUCUGCCAGGUUGUCACAUGGUUGACUCCUGCUCCAACAUUCAGACCGGCGAACAGUUCGGAAGGCUGCUCAGGCACAACUUCAACCGUCACUUGAACAGCAACCGUGCCCCCCUGGGUCUUCACUUCCACGCCUCCUGGCUCAAGAGCAAGAAGGAAUUCAAGGACGAGCUCAUCAAGUUCAUCGAGGAGAUGCUUCUGCGUACCGACACCUACUUCGUCACGAUGGUUCAGGUACUCAAGUGGAUGCAGGAGCCCACCGAGAUCCCCGGACUCCGCGACUUUGACGCUUGGAAAGAGAAGUGCGACGAGAAAGGACAACCCUACUGCUCCCUGCCAAACGCUUGCCCACUCACCACCCGGGAGCUGCCCGGUGAGACUCUCCGUCUCUUCACCUGUAUGGAGUGUCCCAACAACUACCCGUGGCUCCUCGACCCCACCGGUGAUGGUUUCUCCGUCAAGAAGUGAGCUGAUCCUCGAGAAGCUUCUUCUUUAGAACCAUCUCUUCCAUCAGCCGCGUAACAACCCUGUACCGAGAGAUACACAAAUAGCUAUUAUUAUGCGGCUACUCGCGGCGGAAUUUCUCGAGACUUUAUUGCUGAACCCGCGAGAAUGCUGCACGUGACUGUUGACUUAUUUGCAGCGAAAUUUCUUGCAACGACAGGAUUCCUUUCUUCAGAUUUUUUUUCUAUGCAAAAAAUUUAUUAUUGUGUGUUUUUUUUAUACGAUUUUUAUGUACUUUAUAAGUUUACGAUAUAUUUUUGUAAGAACCGCCUGUUAGACUUACUAUGAAUAUGCAAGUGUAUUUUUACCUCCCGUAAUUAUACACACAUUAAAUGUAGUCUUAAACUCUCGAUUUACAUUUAAUUGUGCGCUUAGAUCUGUAGGAUAUAAUGAUAAUAAUAAUAUUGUGUGAAUACAAAGCGAAUGAAUGUAGAAACAAUAUUAUUGUGAUUUUCACGUCGUAUUAUAUACGAAUUUUCAAAACUUAAAACCGAGUUAAAAUAAAUAAAAAUUAUUUAUUUUACACCUUAA